AUGCGUCGUAGAGGUAUUGUUUCUUGCUCAGCUUCAAUAUCUUGUCUUGUUAAAAACAAUCUUCCAGCUGAAGCUCUUCCUGUUUUCCAACAGAUGCAGUGGGUCAUUCUAAUGAUGAGGAUUGUUAUUACUGUUCCAUUGUGUACUGCUAUAUAUCUGAGAUGUGGGUCGAUUGAUCGUUCUUUUAGGGUGUUUGAUGAAAUGCCGGAAAGAAAUAUAGUUAUGUGGAUUGCGUUGAUUAAUGGGCUUGCUGUUCAUGGACGUAGUGGGGAAGCUUUGAAAGUUUUUGAUGUGAUGAAAGAGUCUGUCAUGGUGGUGGAAAUGCCUUUGAAACCAAACUCUGUUAUUUGGAGGACUUUGCUUGGAGCAUCUAUGAAUCAUAAUCAUCUUGUGUUGGCUGAAAAGGCAGGGAAAGGAUCAUUUGACCCAAGUAAGGCUGGCUUGAGAAAUUCCUUGAGGCAUAAUAGAAUUUUCAUGGAGCCUGAGCUCAAGUGUGCUCAAGUGAGGCUUAGACAAUUGCUACAAGCACUGCUGUUAUAG